UCUGGUGAGUCCAAUCUCUCCAAGGAGGACAUCAAGACACUCUUCUCUGGAGCACCGCAUUUCUUCCUGGAGAAUGGGCGGAGGGGACGAUGGUAUCCGCAGGUUAUAUUCCCCUGGGACGAACAUGACCCGUGGAUCCAGCAUCUGCGAGAUCGCAAACCCUUCUCGCACCCGUCGUUUGCGCUGGCGACGCUGCACGCCCAUCUCCCAGUGCCCAAGGAGUGGAUUGCGCAGGGCGGGCCGUAUGCGCAUCUCUACAACUGGGAACAGCGCGAUGUCACGAAGCGGGCGACGUUUGAUCUUGGGGUCUACGAGGUGCCGAACAUGAUGUCGAGGAGCACGUUGGAACGGGGCGCCAUCGGGCUCUGUCAUUUCCUCGAACUGCCCGUGGCGGACUCGGGGAAAUACCAGGCCUCGCCACACCCCCAGACCUCCCCGGACAUUCUACGCUUCUCGCAGAUGCCCGCCACCGAAGCCUUUGACUUUGUGCAGUCCUACCGCCACCCUUACUGCGAGGUGAACAAUGGCACCGUCCACGACCGACGCAAACUGCUCUGCGAGGGUCCGGAGGGCUGGAAGCGCAUCGGAGUGCGGGAUAUCAGCUUCCGCGACCUGGUCGACAGGCUGGAGUAUCUGAGGGAGUUCCGGCAUGGUCUCCUGAUGAUGAAGGACGCGCACGACGUCGAAACCACCAUCCUCACCAGACACACCCCGCGCGACCUGUACCACAGCCUGUUCACCAAAUUUCUUUACCCGCCCACCCCGCGGAUGACGGUCCUCGGAGACUCCUUCGGCCUCAAGUCGCAGAUCAAGGUGUUGACCGAAGUCCUGGCCGCACCCGGCGCAUGGCUGAACUUUGGCUCCGUCGACUGGCGCUUCCGCGUUGGCCAGAUCCUGUGGGAGGCCUCCCCGCAUCUCGACGGCGACUGCUUAGAAUUCAUCGACAGCGACGACCCGGCCGUCCAGUCGCGCGUCCAUCGAGGCCUGGAGCGCAAGUGGCUCCUGAUCCAGAUGCUGCUCGCUGCGGAGCUCCUGCUGCGUCUCGAUGCGAUUGUCCGCGUCGGCAUCGUCGAGGCCUCGCCCAGUCUGAUCAUUUUCUCCGACGAGGUCCAGCUCCUCGAUCGUCUGCGCGAGGGUAAAGUGAAUUGGGAUAUUGUCGCCACCCGACGCUUCCUCGACAGUCUGACCGUCCAAUACCACCCGGCUCAACCCGCGCCAUAUCCAAGGGGCUCCUCCUCCUCUUCGAACGGAUCCCCCCCCCACGGCUCGCCCGGGGAACUCCAUCGCAUUUUCACCAUGUUUGGCGGCAGUCUGAAGCACAAAAGCCCUACCGAUCUCACCGUCUCGGCUGGCUGGUCGGCCUGGGACUGUACCCUGACGCCCUGUCACACCGGCCAGCAGUUGGAAGGACUCGUGACAUUUGCCGAAAAGAUCGGCUGGCCACGGGUGGAAGAGUUGCAGAAGACGCUGGUAUCGAAGCUUCAGCCUCUAGAAGAGGGUGCGCGGCUCACUCUGAGCCAGAUCUUUGGAACCCCAGUGCGAAAUAAUACCGACGUGGGCAAGAAGAAGAUGAAGAUGAAGGGUAAUCGAACCCCGUCGUUUCGACAGGUGGUGCUACACCUCGACGACGACGACGACGACGACGACGACGACGAUGGUGGGAGGGAUUCGAUCGGGGGCUGGGUUUCCCGCAGCUGGCUGUCCGGGUUUGUUCUUCCUGGCCCGGGCCUGAGUUAUCUACUGAUGGGCACGCUCAUCGAAGCCGACCGGGAAGCGCUUGCACGCCUGGGCCCGGUGGCGAGUUUCGAUGGCGGGUUCGUCUUGGAGGGCCGAAGCUGGUGGAGCAAGGAGUGCAUCGUCGGGCGUGUUCUGGCCAGUCUGGACGGAGUCAAGACAUGUAUGGGGUGGAUGAGUGUUCCGGUCUUACCGUGGGAUGCAGCGACACAGCAGCCUCUGGCCGACACCUGGAUUCAGGUCUCGUCUCUCCCGGAGCCGCCGAGCGAAGCCAACAAGCCGCGCAUCAAGCAGGGGGGUCGGCUCGCCGUGCAUUCGACUCCGCUGGGGCCCGGGACGCUCUCGGGUGAGGCGUUUACCAUGCCUACGGACGAAGCGGAACCCCAGGUCGAGGUGGCGUUCCGGUCCUUGACGCUGAACAAUAAGAUACCUGCUACCGAGACGCACGAGCAGCACGGUCUCGUUUCGGACGAGGCGACCGCAUGCUUCGAUCUCUCUGCGACCGGGACGCCGUCUACUUUGAUUUCUUUCUUAUUGCGAUACGACGUGCAAUUUAUCUCUUCCUACGAAUGCCAACCACCAUUGGGAUGGGCGUGUUAUCACUGCGGUUCGCCUAUCCGGAGAUGCCAGCAUCACCAGCAUCACCAGCAUCACCAGCAUCACCAGCAGCAGACUCUCCAACAAGAGCAUAGCCGACUACCAGGCCAUCCUCUGCAUCGAACCUACCGGUACCGCCGGGUGCCGCUGGCGGAUCUCGCCACCACACGGGCGCCACGCAGGGUCUCGACAGGAAACGGGGCCGGCUUUGAAUUCGAGCAGGUGCUGGUCAUCGACGCCCGGGGCUGUGCGACGAGGGAGACGUUCGCCCGUGCCUGGUGUGCCUCUGUCGGCUGCUCUGCUGUCCUGGGUCGAGCCAGCCGGACCUGUCUCGCCUGCUGUAUCCGGGAGGCGCGUGCGGCGGACGUUGGGAUCGUCAUCCGCCUGGGAGACUGA